CCGACAUCAGCUCUCAAGCGCUAAGGUCGCUGCUGUGGCUUCGGUGGCGAACCCUACCGACCCCAGUAGUUCGCCUGAUCAGCUCAAGAAGGGUGACACGUAGCACCAGCUUCCACGAGGAGAGCAACACGAGAUAUCUGUGAUGUCCGCUGACGACCAGUCCGACGAAGAGGUGGUUCCUAUAUUCCGUCCCUUCACUCGGGAGUCUCUGGCGGCCAUUGAGGCCCGGAUUGCCGAGGAGAAAGCCCGCCGAGAGCAGCAGAAGAGCGAGGACGGCGACGACAGCACAGAGGGCCACAGGACCUCCCGGGGCCCCGAGCACGAUGAGGACCUCGAGCCGGACCCCAACCUCGAGGCGGGCAUGCCCGUGCCCAAGAAGCUGCUCGCGGAACUCACGCCCGACGUCAUCGCCACGCCCCUCGAGGACAUCGACCCCUACCACGAGAACAAAAUGACGUUCGUGGUAAUCAGUAAAGGGAAGGAUAUCUUUCGGUUUAGUGCGACCAACGCCCUGUACCUGUUGAGCCCUUUCAAUCCAAUCCGUCGAGUAGCAAUUUAUAUUCUGGUCCAUCCUAUCUUCAGCUUCUUUGUCAUUACCACGAUCCUCGUUAACUGCAUUCUCAUGACUUUUCCUAGUAACCCUACUAUUGAAGGAACAGAAAUUUACUUCACUUUGAUAUAUACCUUUGAGUCCGUCAUCAAAAUGUUAGCCAGAGGGUUCAUUCUAGAAAACUUUACAUAUCUUCGGGAUCCUUGGAAUUGGCUGGAUUUUGUAGUUAUUUCUUUAGCAUACAUCACCAUGGGAGUAGAUUUAGGAAACCUCAGCGCCUUGAGAACAUUCCGCGUCUUUAGAGCCUUAAAAACAGUAGCUAUAAUUCCAGGUUUAAAAACCAUCGUCGGAGCUGUCAUUGAAUCUGUAAAAAAUCUGAAGGAUGUGAUUAUAUUGACUUGCUUUUCUCUGUCAAUCUUUGCCUUACUGGGGUUGCAAAUCUAUAUGGGUGUUUUAACGAGUAAGUGCAUUUACCUCCCGCCGUUCACGCUAGAAGAAUUAGAUGAAGUUAGAGACACAGAAGAAUUUAAGAUCCAUGCCAAUAAUAUAACUAAUCAGUAUCAUUUAGAAGGAGCGCCAGAGCCAAAACUUUGUCGACCGAACGCUAACCUCUGUCCUGAUAAUUAUACGUGUCUACAAGGUUUUGGUGAAAAUCCAAACUACGGUUAUACGAGCUUCGACACAUUUGGUUCGGCUUUGUUGUCAUCAUUUAGGUUAAUGACUCAGGACUAUUGGGAGAAUUUAUAUCAAUGUAUUUUAAUAACUGCGGGUCCACUGCACAUGUGCUUCUUCGUAGUCAUCAUCUUCUUGGGAUCAUUCUAUCUCGUGAAUUUGAUCUUGGCUAUUGUAGCUAUGUCUUACGACGAGCUGCAGAAGAAAGCGGAGGAAGAAGAGGAAGCGGCGGCUGCUGAGGAAGCUGCUAUGCAAGCUGAAGCAGCUCGGCUGAUUGAAGAGGAAGAGGAGAGAGAGAGGGAGAAGAGGGGAGAAGGCGUGGUGAAAAGUCCAUCUGAUCUGUCUUGCGCUUCUUACGAAUUAUUUGUUAAUCAGGAGAAAGGGAACGAAGAGAAAGAUGUGAAAGAGCGAGGAAGUAUUCGCAGUGCAGAUGGUGAAAGCGUUUAUGAGCGAGAACAAAAAACGAGAAUUAAUAACAAGAUGAGAAAGGCGAGUCUUAGUCUUCCUGGUUCACCAUUUAACAUUCGACGGGGCAGCCGGGCAAGCCAGUUCAGUGUCAAUUGGCGCAACGGUCGACGGUACGGCGACCGGAAACCACUGGUCCUGCAAACUCUGGUCGACGCUCAAGAACACUUGCCAUACGCCGAUGACAGCAAUGCUGUAACGCCAAUGUCCGAAGAGAAUGGAGCAAUCAUUAUCCCAGUCUACACCAAUUUAACUUCCCAACACUCUAGCUACACAUCACAUUCCUCUCGUAUGUCGUAUACCUCCCAUGCAGAGAUCUACGGAAAAGGUCUAACGAAAGAAAGCCAGCUAAGGUCCAGGUCAAGGUUUUUGCUUGGACUUUAUAAUGAGGAAAUGGAUGGUGAUGAUUAUAUGAUACCAAAAAAUAAACAUCCAGAUAAUCCAUUUGUAGAUGCCAACAACGAUCAGAGGAAAAAACUUGACAUCAAAGAUGUGAUGGUGCUAAACGAUAUCAUAGAGCAAGCGGCAGGGAGACAAAGCAAAGCCAGCGAAAGAGUGUCCGUCUAUUAUUUUCCAACAGAAAGAGAGGAGGAUGAGGAGGAGAAGCCGAAGUUCAAAGACAAAUGUAUGGCGAAGUGCCUGCAGUGUAUAGAUAUUUGCUGCGUAUGGGACUGCUGUACGUGCUGGGUUUAUUUCCAAGAGUUUUGUUCGAUCAUCGUGUUCGAUCCCUUUAUGGAACUCUUCAUCACACUCUGCAUUGUCGUGAAUACCCUCUUUAUGGCAAUGGACCAUCACGACAUGGACCCCGCCUUUGAAGCUUUUUUGAAAAAUGGCAAUUAUUUCUUUACAGCUACAUUUGCUAUAGAAGCUGGAUUGAAACUCAUAGCCAUGAGUCCAAAAUAUUAUUUUCAAGACGGCUGGAACAUAUUUGAUUUCUUUAUAGUAGCUUUAUCUUUGAUAGAAUUAUCACUAGAGGGUGUUCAAGGAUUGUCAGUAUUAAGGUCUUUUAGGUUGCUUAGGGUUUUUAAAUUAGCAAAGUCUUGGCCUACUUUAAAUUUACUCAUCUCCAUCAUGGGCAAGACUGUAGGAGCUUUAGGAAAUUUAACCUUUGUUUUAGGCAUCAUUAUAUUCAUCUUUGCAGUCAUGGGGAUGCAGCUUUUUGGAACAAAUUACACUAAACAAAAGCACUUAUUCUACGACAAAGAAGUCCCUAGGUGGAACUUCACAGACUUCAUGCACUCUUUUAUGAUAGUGUUUCGCGUUUUAUGCGGAGAAUGGAUAGAAUCCAUGUGGGAUUGUAUGCGUGUUUCAGGGUGGCCUUGUGUUCCGUUUUUCUUAGCUACUGUCGUCAUUGGUAACUUGGUGGUGCUGAAUCUUUUUCUUGCGCUCCUAUUGUCUUCUUUCGGUGCCUCAAACUUGUCACAAGCUCCUGCUGGAGACGAUACUAAAGGGAUAGCAGAAGCCUUUAAGAGAAUAGGAAGAGCAAAAACUUGGGUUAAAUUGAAAAUAUUUAGUUUCCUGAAGGGUCUUCGAGCCAAAGUACAGAAUCAAAUUGCUGAUCAAACUAUGGAAGGUGGUGACAUGGAAGAUCCGAAUAUGCCUAACACAUUGAUGGUUGAUGGUCAAGUGCCAACAAAAGACAAGAAAAGCCCAAAAGAAAAAACGGAGCUUGAGAUCGCUCUGGACGGCUACGAACUUGGCUAUCAAGAGGAUGGUAAAGCGUUCAAAAUGAAAAAUAAAAAUAAUUCAGUUGUAAAUUCUGUUAGAAUGGGUGACAAAGUGCAGCCAAAAGACAACAAAGAAAUGAAGUUGUUUUUGCAGGAGAAGGAGAUUUUUGGCAACAAAGUCCACCCCCAGAAGGACGAGGACAACCUGAGCAAUAAGUCUUACAACGGCUACAAGGACAAAAGUGUGAUCAUUGAAAAACCGUCCAAAGAGAACAGCCGCUCGUCUCAGUACGGUGAGGAUGAGGAAAAGAAAGAUGCGAGCAAAGAAGACUUAGGAGAAGACGUGAUGACUAGUGCAGAUAUUAAUCCUCAAAAUGAAGAGGGUGUCGACACUGAUAAACUAGACGACGGAGCAGCGACGGCGGAUGUUAUCAUCUCGGAGUAUCCUGCUGACUGCUGCCCAGACAUAUGCUACAAGAAAAUAGCCUGCUGCGCGGACGACUACAAUCCAGAGUUUUGGGCCAACUGGAAGGAGUUAAGAGCAAAAACGUUCAUUUUGAUUGAAGACAAGUAUUUUGAGACAGUAAUCAUAACUAUGAUUAUGGUUAGCAGCUUGGCAUUGGCAGCAGAAGAUGUGAAUCUAAAGUACAGGCCCCUGUUGAAAGCUAUAUUAACAUACAUGGACAAAGUUUUUACCGUCCUGUUUUUCUUCGAAAUGUUGAUAAAAUGGCUAGCUCUUGGUUUUCGAAAAUAUUUUCAAAAUGCAUGGUGCUGGCUAGAUUUUGUCAUUGUCCUGGUGUCUGUGAUCAAUCUAUUAGCGUCAGAAGUCGGGGGAGGAAACAUACAAGCCUUCAAGACUAUGCGAACCCUCCGUGCUCUGAGACCCCUGAGAGCCCUCUCGCGAUUUCAAGGAAUGCGGGUUGUAGUGAACGCCUUGAUACAAGCUAUACCCGCCAUCUGUAAUGUGUUAUUGGUGUGUUUAAUAUUCUGGCUGAUAUUUGCAAUCAUGGGAGUCCAGCUGUUUGGUGGAAAGUAUUUUUUCUGCACGGAAGAUGGUGAAACGAAGCUUAACAUAAGCUUCAUCAACAGCAGAGACGAUUGUUUGUCGAAGAACUAUACCUGGACAAACCCAAAAAUCAACUUUGAUAACGUCUUAAACGCUUACCUGGCGUUGUUUCAAGUGGCAACGUUUAAAGGCUGGAUUGACAUCAUGUAUUCUGCUGUCGAUACAAGACAGAUAAACGAACAGCCUUUGGAAGAGGGAAAUCUAAUGAUGUAUUUGUACUUUGUACUCUUUAUCAUCAUUGGUUCCUUUUUCACACUCAAUCUCUUCAUCGGUGUGAUCAUUGACAAUUUCAAUGAGCAAAAGAAAAAGAUGAGGGGAUCCCUGGAGAUGUUUAUGACUGAAGAUCAGAAGAAGUACUACAACGCCAUGAAGAAGAUGGGAGAUAAGAAGCCGGUGAAAGCUAUUCCCAGACCUAGGUUCAAGCCCCAAGCUAUUGUAUUCGACUUGACAACCAACACGAAAUUUGACAUGGCCAUAAUGUUGUUCAUCGGACUGAAUAUGGUAGUGAUGGCCAUGGACCACUACCAAAUAGAAGACACCUUCAACUCUGUCCUAGAGCGUCUAAACGUAUUCUUCAUCGCUAUAUUCACCACAGAAUGCGUCCUCAAAGUAUUCGCUUUCAGAUGGCACUACUUCAAAGAACCUUGGAAUGUAUUUGAUUUUGUAGUAGUCAGCCUAUCCAUUUUAGGUGUGGUUCUGAAAGAUUUGAUCGAAAAGUACUUCGUGUCCCCGACACUGCUUCGUGUGGUGCGUGUCGUGAAAGUGGGUCGGGUGCUCCGGCUCGUCAAAGGUGCCAGGGGCAUCCGGACCCUCCUGUUUGCACUAGCCAUGUCUCUGCCCGCCCUCUUCAACAUCUGCCUCCUCCUGUUCCUGGUGAUGUUCAUCUACGCAAUUUUCGGCAUGUCCUUUUUUAUGACCGUCAAGCGCCGCUACGGAAUCGACGAGAAUUUCAACUUCGAGACGUUCGGCCAGUCCAUGAUCCUGCUGUUCCAGAUGUCCACCUCAGCGGGGUGGGACUCGGUGCUGGCCGGAAUCAUGGACGACACCGAUUGCGAUCCCCCUGACCCGGAAACCGACGAGCCCGGCAAUUGCGGUAGCAAGGGAAUCGCUGUCGCAUACCUCGUCACCUACCUGAUAGUCAGCUUCCUGAUCAUAAUAAACAUGUACAUUGCCGUGAUUCUAGAGAACUACAGCCAGGCGACGGAGGACGUACAAGAGGGGCUAACGGCAGACGACUACGACAUGUACUACGAGAUAUGGCAACGGUUCGAUCCCGACGGGACCCAGUUCAUCAAGUACGAGAACCUCACCGACUUCUUGGACGCGCUGGAGGAACCACUGCAGAUCCCGAAACCCAACAAGUACAAAAUCAUCUCGAUGGAUAUUGCCAUCUGCAUGGGCGAUCUCAUCUACUGCGUUGACAUCCUGGACGCCCUCACCAAGGACUUCUUCGCCCGCAAGGGUCACGUGAUCGAGGAGACUGCGGAGAUCGCCGACGUGGUGCCCAACAAGGACCGCGGAGGACUGGAAGCGAUCAGCAGCACGCUCUGGCGACAGAGGGAAGAGUACUGCGCACGCGUCAUCCAACACACCUGGAGGCGCUACAAGGGCCAGAUCGGCUCGGAGCCGAGGCCGCAGCAGACCGCCAUCGUGAUCGAGAGCGACGGACACGUGACCAAGAAUGGACACAAGGUCGUCAUUCACUCUAGGUCGCCUAGUGUCACGAGUCGCUCGACUGAUGUGUGAUAAUUACUGAACACGGGCAACAGGGAGGGGAAAACCACUUUAAGGCUUUGUACAGCUACCAAGAAAAACGGCUUGCUCUUUGAAUCUAUUGAGCUCGAUGCGACGAACCAAAAGGGCUGCAUGAAGCGUAUAUUUUUAUAUUAUGUAUGCAGGGGUUCAUUACCUGUCCGCUUGCAACACGUGUACUUGGUUGACUAAACCAAUGUUUUCCAUCGUUAUUUUUCUAACAAUUAGUUUACACUAUAAUUAUCUAUUUACACUAAAUGUAAAUACGCAAAAUACCUGCGGUAAGGCCAUAGCAUUUGUUGCCAGAGAGUAUAUAAUUUUAUUAUUGCGUUACAUUUUAAGUGGUACACUCGUUAGAAGGAAGUAGUUUGUUCCUUUCUUUUUCUGAGAAUAUUUGAUGCAAGAAAGCUUUUAUCUUUAAAAAAAAAAUUAGCAUAUAUAUAAUUGAUUACUUGGAUUUCUGAAUGAGGAUCGAUGAGGAAUGACUGCAGACUGAUUCGAUUUGUCUGAAGCUGUAGCGAUUCCAAUGCUGCUUAUUGAGACAACGAUUUGUUGAAUCCUGCUUUCGGUGAGAGUAUAUUUUAAAGCUUCUAAAUAUAUUGAGUCGUUAAGUUUCUCCUGUUUUAUCGGAGAGAUGCGUUGUCAGGCGUCAGAACAAACCUGGGAAGAUUUUGUGGGACGCACAAGAGCGCGUCUAGUUAAAUAAUCUAUUGCUUGUUGACUGAUUUGUUAAUUGUUGAGUUAUCUAGCUUGUUACGUAGGUAGUUAAUUCUAGUUACGAAUUGGGUUGUAUAGCUUACCGCUAGUUAGCGUGAAAACGUAGGCUAUUUUUUUAUUUUUUAUCAACAGCACUCAUGUUGGUGAAAACAACAGCCCUUGCACAUCAGGGGGAUGAUAUAUACUUAUGUAUAUGAAGCAAGCAAAUAAUGAAGUUUUUAAAAGAGUAAUAUAUAUAAAAGAAUUAUAUAUACAUAUAUAUAUACAUUGUUGUAUGAUGGCGAAUGUACAGCGUAAGAGAGUUCUAAUAGUGUCCAGGUAAGGACUGAAGUAGGAAUAUAUACAUACAUAUGUGCAUACAUAUAUAUGGUAAAUAUAUAUAUGCAUAUAUUGAUAUGCAAUGUUGAAAUGAGACGAAAUCCUCCUAGUGAUAUAUGAGCCGUCGUCAUAGGGUUCCUCCAUUCAUUCUCUUCAAUGCUUCUCUGUGGAAAGUGAAGCAGUAGCCUUUUAGCCCGUAGAGGAAUACCUGGACAGCAAGUCAAGGCUGACAAGUGCUUCGAGCAAAGAGAAAAAAAAUAAUAAUAAAACAAAUUUCUAUAUUCAGGGUUCUGAAACUGGACAGGGGAAUAAAUGCCAAUCUUUUUUUAAAAAAAAAAUCGACCUAUCUCUCUUUGCACACAGUAACUUUAGGUGUCUAACACUCCAAGCUCAGUUUCUCGCCCCCUUCCCCUUUAGAAUCCGGAGAGAAACGGAAAGAAGACGCGAAAGAAGAAGAGUGUGGUUCACGUGUGACUCACAUGUCACAUGCCUUUUCCGUCAGCCACUCAAGAGCAAUCCCGCUCUACUUGAGAUUUCAUUUUAUCAUGUGCCUUUCUGCGUUGUUAUUGCUGUCUCAAAAAAAAAAGAAAAAAUACAGCAAGAUCUUGCGUCAUUAACUCAGCAAACGGUUCGGACUUGCUUAAAUUUAGCUUCUUUCCAAUCCUUAUUCCAGCACAUCCAGAUAUAAUGUACUCAUUUCUAUAGAAAGUCCAAAUAUACUAUAUAUAUAUAUACAGAUAUAUACAUACAAAGCAAAAAAGGCGUGUACACGUAUAUAUAAAAAAUAUAUAUGUUGUAAUAUAUAUAUACCUGUACACGAAGCAUUCGUUCACGAGCUUAGCAGUCCCGCGUCCUGACUCGAAGCUCAUGUUAAAAACAAAAUUUUCUUGAAUUACGAAGCACAUCGCUUUUAGUACGAAAGCUCAAAGUUCAAAAUUAAUUUGUUUCACAUUACGAUUAAACACUAAAACAACUCUAAAACGCCGUUCUCGGCGCUCCCAAGUAUGUUUUUUGUAUGCAAAACCUUUUGAAGCGACUUCACGUUCGAAUACGAUCUUUUUUUUAUUUUCUCAGUACCUUCGAGGGUACUUCAAAGUUUCGUUGCAUUUCGAUUUUCCUCUUCUGAGAAGAAAAAAAAAAAAGAAUACAACUCGACAAAUCAUCAUCUCAUCUAAAAUCACGGAAAAAUUCUAGCAUAAAUUGAUCGCCUGUUAAAUUUAGCAGGAGCUUUAGCAUUAGAAA